AUGAACACAGUCGCCCUUGUUCAAGCAUUUGACGCAACGUGCAUCUGCGUCACUCUUCCAGCCCUCGCAAAAGAACUCGAUGCCUCCUUUUCCGAAAGUCUGAGCAUGGGCUCAGUGUUUCUCCUCGCAACAGCCAUAUCCCAACCCAUCUUUGCCGAACUCGCCCACGUCAUCGGUCGAAGACCAGCAUACAUUGCCUCCCUAACCAUCUUCAUAUCGGGGACGAUUCUAUGCGGCGCAGCUCGAAACAGUCUGAUGCUCCUGGCAGGCCGGGCAGUACAGGGAAUUGGCUCUGGAGGGCCACAAGCAUUGUCAGGCAUGAUAUUGGCUGACCUCUUCCCGAUCCGCGAACGAUCUCGAUGGGUGGCGUAUCAGAAUGUGUCAUGGGCUCUUGGAACAAUUGCUGGGCCCCUUGUUGGAGGUGCCUUUGUUGACAAUGUGGAUUCGAACUGGAGAUGGAUCUUUUGGUGCACCCUUCCUUUCCUCGGCGGCAGCUUCGUUGGCUGCAUCUUCAUGCUCGGGUACGACAGCCACCAGCGUAAUUGGCGACUCAUCAAGGAUCUCGACUGGAUCGGUAUCCUUUUGUUUGCAAUAUCCUCGGUUUCUAUCCUCCUGCCGUUGACCUGGGGCGGUUCCCGGUUCCCAUGGAAAUCGGCUCAAGUUCUCGUUCCCAUUGGGGUCUCGAUCGUCAGCUUUGUGGCUUUAGGGGCAUAUGAGAGGGUAGCAAAGAAGCCCAUGUUCCGGCAAAGCCUAUUUCGAAACCGUUCAACCAUCUUGCAGUUCAUCAACGCCAUGAUUCAUGGCAUCAUCAUGUGGAUGGUCUUGUACUAUCUUGCCGUCUUCUUCCUUGGUGUCAAAGGCAAGUCGCCUCUGAUGACCGGGGUAUGGGCCCUUCCUGCGACUGUGACCGUCGCGCCGGUGGCUGCCGUCGUGGGAAUAGUUGCAUACAAGACGGGCCAAUAUCAAGGCUUCAUGAUAGGUGGCUGGGGCCUUCUCGUCGCCAUCCUUGGCGCCAUGACUGUCCUAGACCAAGACACAACAACCCAUACCACCCUCAUAAUUAUCCUAUUGCUAGGGAUAGCAAUGGGCUUGCUGAUCCCAGUCAUGUCGAUCGGUGUUCAGGCCACAGUCGAGGAGGGUGAUGUUGGGCAUGCCAUUAGCAUGAUAUAUGCCCUACGAACUAUGGGUCAGUGCCUCGGUAUUGCCAUAGGGAUCACCGUCUUUUCCAGCCAGCUAAAGACGGAGCUGAAGAGCAUGAACCAGGACACGGAUCACGCCAACAACGCCAUGAAACUUAUCAAGGUCUCCAUCGAGCAGGGGGGAUUCGGCCACGAGAGAAUGACUGAGGCCGUUGUCAUGGCUCUGAAGCAUCUCUGGGCGACAGGGAGUGCAUUGGCCGGCCUGGCAUUCAUCCUGGGACUCUUUGCAAGAUGUCCUAAGCUUCCAAAGAACCCAGAGAAUCACGUUGAGCAAUCCACUGGAUUCCCUGCAACCCCGAUAGGCCGAGUCUGUGCAGUUUUGAUAACCAGGGAUAUUCGCAGCCGGAGCCAAGUUUGA